AUGUCCCUCCCUGCUCCUCAUCAAGCUGUCGUUGAUGCUUUGAUCCAAGACCUGCUUCAAGCGAAACCUGACGACCCUCUCCAGCACUGUGCGAACUAUUUCAACCGCCAGCUCGAAAUCGAGCGGGCUGCUUGGAAGAAGAGCGCCAGCUCAACCUCUGACGGACGUCGAACCAUGGCGGACACUGCUAGCCCUUUCGACAGCCGCAGCCCCUUCGCGGCCAAGAAUGUCAUCAGCAUAGAAGAGGAGGACGAAGAGCGUGAUACCUUUGGCUCGCCGACCGAUCCCACCUCCAAAUCCCGGGCCUCAGAACGCUCACCUUUUGGUGGUUCCGGCUUCGGUGCGGCAGCUGGUGCCGGUGCCAGCGGUGGAUUAUUUGGGAACUGGGGUGGCCACGCUGCUACCACCGAGUCAGAGACGCCAGGCCAACAACCACUGCCAAACAACUAUGCUGCUGGUCGCAGGACAUCGGUCUCUGCCGAAUCCAUGCAACCGGAUGCUGACUCAGGCAACUGGAAGCCCCCCAAACACCCAAAGACUCCCGAACAAUACGAGCGUCUCAAGCACGCCGUAGCCAACAACUUCUUGUUCUCCAGUCUGGAUGAAGAAUCCUUCCAUCUGGUGCUAGAUGCUUUAGUGGAGAAAUCUAUCCCUGCUCCAAACAUCAAAGUCAUCACCCAGGGCGAUGAAGGGGACUACUUCUACGUUGUCGAGUCGGGCGAAUUCGAUAUCUAUAUUAACCCUAGUGGCACAGUCGAAUCAGGACCCGAAGGCCUGGGCAACAAGGUCGGAACCAUCGGGCCGGGCGGCAGUUUUGGCGAGCUGGCGCUGAUGUACAACGCUCCUCGUGCUGCAACAGUUGUCAGUGCAUCCAAGGGCGGCUUGCUCUGGGCGUUAGACCGUGUUACAUUCCGCCGAAUCCUCAUGGACAAUGCAUUCCAGAAGCGCAAGAUGUACGAGAGCUUCUUGGAGGAGGUCCCUCUCCUCUCCUCGCUCAAACCGUAUGAGCGAGCUAAGAUUGCUGACGCUCUUGAGACGGUGAAAUUUGCUGCUGGUACCAACAUCAUCACAGAAGGAGAGCCGGGUGACUCGUUCUAUCUCCUGGAAGCAGGCGAGGCUGCGGCAUACAAGCAAGGCAUCGAUGGCCCUGUCAAGGAGUACAAGAGAGGGGAUUUCUUUGGUGAAUUGGCUUUGUUGGACGACAAGCCCCGUGCCGCAAGUGUAGUGGCCAAGACCGAUGUGAAGGUCGCCAAACUUGGAAGAGAGGGUUUCAAACGACUCCUUGGCCCGGUAGAGAGUAUCAUGAGGCGCGAGGAAUACGAUGCUGGCGAGUCAUUGGAUCCUUUGAGCCAGCACAAGACGGUGACCUAG